CGCUAACGAGCACCGAAAUACGAGCAAGGGUCAGGGAGAGGGAGAGAGCAAGGGAGAGGGAGGGAGGGUUAGCGAAAGAAUUCAUCUGAGCCACAGUGGCUGUAAAACUCACCAGCAAAAAAAAAUUACUGCUAAAGCAUCAACGGUAGAAGGCAAAGAGGGGGGAAAAAUCGCGCUCUCGCUUCGUACGCCUCGGAGCGAGAAAUGGAUCUACCUGCCGUCGGAGAGCAUGUCUUCGCGGUGGAGGGCAUCGAGAAGAAGCGCAUUCGGAAGGGUAGGACCGAAUAUCUGGUGAAGUGGAGAGGAUGGUCACCGAGAUACAACACAUGGGAACCGGAGGAGAACAUCCUCGACCCGCGCCUUCUCGUCGCCUUCCAAAACAGAGAGAGACAGGAGCAGCAGAUGGGAUAUCGCAAAAGAGGACCUAAACCCAAACAUCUUCUGAUCCAGUUACCUGCAUUUGCAAGGAGGUCCAGCAUCCUUGCAGAUCUCCAGGAGACAUCACUGGAUGACGAGAACCAGUUCAAAGUGGAUUCGCUACAGAUGCACCGGUCACAGCCUCAGCAUUACCAACUCAACAGCAAAAAACAUCACCAGUACCAGCCCAACAGCAAGGAAGUCCCGACAGAAGCUCACACCAAUGGCAAGAAGAAGCACUUCUAUCAGCUAAACAGCAAGAAACACCAUCAUUACCAACCAGACCCUAAGAUGUAUGACCAGCAAACCGCAAAGCCUAAAGAGGUUAAAGGGCAUGACCCAUCUAUUAAAGGAUGGAACCUCCCUCCAGCCUUGCAACAGAAAUGGGUGCGUGAUAAGGACACUGGUAGCUUGAAUAAAGUCAAAGAUCUAUCCAUGGAGCAUAAGCAACUUCUUAUACCCACUAGCAAAGAAGACCAAACAGUAAAGACAACCUCGAAGGAUCCCUUGCUUUCCAGUGGCAUCAGCAGUAAGAUGAAGAUCAUCAGGAACAAAAACAAAAAUGGCCGAAUCGUCAUUGUUAUGAGCAAGUACAUGGAUAAUGGAGUCCAGCCUUCCAAAGUGAAAAACAGGGAUUCUCCUGGAACAGAGAAACCAAAACAAUCAGAGGAGUCUAUAAAUGGCAAUGCAGCCAAUCUUGUAAAAGUGACAGCCAGGGAGGAGAAUGGUGAUCCUAACCACUUAGGAGACAGUGCAUGUGUUACCAGAGAAUUUGUUCAUAAAGUGCCGCACAAAAAGUUUGAGCUUUCAAAAGCAAAACUGAACCCUGAAGCAGGUCACAGAACAGAACAAGAGGCGAAUAAGAUCAAUUUAUCAUACAAUCCUUCUCUGCAAUCAUCCAACAAAGCUAGCUCUUCACCCAUAUCAGUUGGGGGAGAUGUGCCAUUGCAAAAGGACUCCACCAGUCACCAUCUCAGCCAUCGUAAACGGAACCUGUCAGAACCUAACAAGGCUGCAGGCGAUUGUAAGAAGUUUCUCAGCUCCAGAAGUAUCAGUGCUCCCAAUCCAGUGGUCCUUUCUCCUGAUAGGGAACCUUUAGACCUGCACUGUUCUGGCCAAAACUCCAGUACCAUCUUCAACUACAAUGUUACUGACACCAUUCCUGAUGAACCAAUCGACUUGAGCUGUGGGAGGACUAGGCUACAUGCAGAAGCUCCCACAGAGUCCCGUGUCACAUUGGACAACACAUCUGAGACUUCAGAAAAGUCAGAAGAACCGGUUAGCUAUUUUAAGCCAUUUUCAGGUAACAUCAUCAUUACGGAUGUCACCACAAACUGUCUGACUGUGACCUUUAAGGAAUAUGUCUCCAUUUAACGGCCUUCGAUCUGACACCGAGGACUGCUGAUGCUUAUAUGGAUUUGUAGAUAUGUAAUUAUUAGAAGAAUUCUGUACAUAUGUAUCUAUAAUUUGUCAUGUAUAGAAAGCAAUUUUUUUUUGCAGUGUAGGUUUUUUUAUUUCAUUUGGAAUAUGUUUAAGGCCUGUACAUGCACAGAUUAAAAUGGAGUGUUUUGAAUGUUUAAAAACAGGUACAGUCUGUACUUUGAAGGAAUCAAUAUGGGAGAACAUGCUUAAGAAGUUGUUAAAGCAUCACUGAACAAGCACUUACUUGCUUUCAAGAUCUUGCACACUAAAUGAAAAUGACCGUUAAAUACAGAUGUGUGCUUUAUAUUUCAAGCCUUAUUUAAACCAUCUCUUUUCCAGUGCAAACAUGGUUUUACAAUAUUAUACGUUCCUUACAAAUAAGUCUGUGACAUUUUAGGCAGUUAGAGCAGAACUUAAUCUAAUGUCAGAUGGAUAUUCAGGGUGUUUUGUAGAGUUUUUCUUUUUUAAAUCUGUAUUUUACUUUAAAGCCACACUUCCAUUGCUGCAUAGUUGAUUCUAUUGGGAGAGAUACAGGUCUUUGCUGUGCAUUGUUGAAAUAACCUCAAUCACACAGCACUGUUUGCUCAUUUGGUUAUCUUCACCUUCCCAUUUAAUGGUGUAAGCUGCACUUUGUCAUCAGUUAAGACGCUUUAGUUAAGGCCUGAAUGACACUGAUCAACAGGGUAGAUCUUCCCUAUCAUACUGUGGUUGAAUUUCAUGCUGAUGAACUUGUACACCAGUACAUGUCUUUUUUUCCUUCCUGAGAUUCUACACAUUGCAUCAUACUUAUAACUGCUGAAAUGGUUUUUAUUUUUAUGUCAUGUUUUUUUUCCUCUGUCUAUAUUUUCGGUGUGACAUACUAAUAACAAUGUAUGACCAAACAAUUUAUUUUAGACCAUUUGUAACCCUGUAGCACAUAAUAUUGUAAAACUGCUGCUAAAGUGUAUUACUUAGUUGGAGUAAUAUGUUAUGGGGGAAAAUGCAGAAUAUGCUGUAGUCAUCAUUAGUCUAAAUUUGCCUUAAAUGAGUAAUAAUAAUAAUAAUAAUAAUAAUAAUAAUAAUAAUAAUAAUGAUAGCGUAUCAAUAUUUUACAAAGCUUAUUGUAGUGAAACAAUCAUAGUCAGUACCAUAUCCAGACAGCAAAUCUAUCAGGUUUUUGAAGUGGACCUGACUUAACACUCGUGACUCUACUUACGACAAACCAUUAUCCAUGGAACUGACAAAAGUAUGAAGCUUUUAGAUGUGAUCAGUAGAUGUGGCUUGAUUACUGGAAGCACAACAAAAGCAACAAAGCCAAAAACGAGACCAAGAAUUAUUUGGUACUUUGUUCAACAGUGAUAUUUUAGAAAGGUGGGUAGGUUCAUUGUUUCAUUUAGCAGGAGAGGGAUUCUACUGCUAUUUCACAUGUGUCAAGAUGUUGAUUUCAGAAACUGCCCUCCGAUACACAACAAUGAUUAAAAAAACGACAAAAAUUAACAAAACUUUAAUAAAUCACGUCAUGAUGUUUCA